UGCAACCCUGAACUUGGGCUUAAUAAAAUUUAAGAAUUUUUCCAUCAGUUUAAGUGGUUCCAUGUGGGUUAUUCAAUUGACUUCUGGGUCCGUUUUUAAAGUGUAUGCAUUUUUGUUUUUAAGGGUAUAAAUGUGGGCAUUGCAUUCGUGUUCUGUGAGUUGUUUCAGUUCUUAUUUCUCUUAUGGAAGGUGAAUGUCUUGUGUAAGAUUCUUGUGCACAAAAAUGGUUGUUUUUCUGUGGUGUCUGUGUGGUGUGAUAUUAAUCUUGCAAGUUUGGUUUGCUUGCUUGGUUUUGGUUUGAAUUUGAAGUGGUUUUAAUGGGGAAUAUACUGAAUCUGAACAAUUCCAAGACUAGAUGGAAUAACUCUUAUGAGGUUUUGCAAGUUCAAUCGUGCAAGAGACGUAGGUUGUCAUCAAACUCUUGUGAAGAUAAUGAAAGACUGAUUCCUCUCCUUCCUGAUGAGAUAACAAUACAGAUACUAGCUAGAGUUCCUCGAAUUUAUUAUUUGAAUCUGAAGUUAGUUUGCCGUGCUUGGAAGGCAACCCUUGUUAGCUCUGAGCUAUUUAGUGUGAGAAAAGGCCUUGGAACCAUGGAGGAGUGGCUCUACAUUUUGACAAAAGUGAAGGAUGAUAAGCUUUUAUGGUAUGCCUUGGACCCUCUUUCUAGAAGAUGGCAAAGGUUGCCACCAAUGCCUAAAGUAGGGUUUGAAGAUGAAACAAAGAAAGGUUUAAUUUCCUUUCCCCUUCGGAUGUGGAGCAUGAUGGGUUCAAGUAUUAGAAUUGUUGAUGUCAUUAUGAGCUGGCUGGGGAGGAGAGAUGCCCUGGACUGGAUGCCAUUUUGUGGUUGCUCAAUAGGAGCCGUUGAUGGUUGCAUCUAUGCAUUAGGAGGAUUUUCAAGAGCUUCAGCAAUGAAAUCUGUUUGGCAGUAUGAUCCCAUUAAAAACUCCUGGGCCGAGGCUAGUUCAAUGUCAGUUGGUAGAGCCUAUUCCAAGACAGGUAUAUUAAAUAAUAAGCUCUAUGUCGUUGGUGGGGUUACAAGGGGUCGUGGUGGACUAAGCCCUCUACAAUCUGCAGAAGUGUAUGACCCUCAUACAGGCAUGUGGUCCCAAUUACCUAGCAUGCCUUUUGCUAGAGCUCAAGUGUUGCCAACUGCAUUUUUGGCUGACCUACUCAAGCCUAUUGCCACAGGAAUGGCUUCAUACAGGGGCAGGUUAUUUGUGCCUCAAAGUUUGUAUUGCUGGCCAUUUUUUGUUGAUGUUGGGGGUGAAGUAUAUGAUCCAAAUAUAAAUUCAUGGCUUGAAAUGCCAAUCGGCAUGGGUGAAGGCUGGCCUGCAAGGCAAGCUGGAACAAAAUUGAGUGUUACUGUCAAUGAUGAUCUAUAUGCACUCGAUCCUUCAAAUUCUCUUGACAGUGCAAAGAUCAAGGUAUAUGAUUAUGAAGAUGAUACUUGGAAAGUUGCAGCAGUAGAUGUUCCUAUUCAUGAUUUCACCGAUUCAGAAUCUCCUUAUCUCCUGGCUGGUUUACUUGGAAAACUUCAUAUAAUUACUAAAGAUGCUAAUAACAAUAUUACAGUGUUGCAGGCUGACAUGCAACAUGAACAUGCUGGGUCAGCUUUCUCCCAAUCAAUAAUCACUUCACCAGAUAACUCAAUCACUGAAGAUGCUGAAUCUUCUGCACAAAGUCAAGGAGAAUUUUGGAAGGUUCUUGCAACUAGGAGUGGUAGAUCUGCUGAACUAGUCAACUGUCAAUCCCUUAAAAUUUGAAUCUUUUUUUGGGUAGGUGUAGUUUAUAGUCCUCUUGUGGUUAUAAUUUCUGAGUGUAUCUCUGUUGGUUGGCAUGAUUGCUUACAAGCCAGUAGGUUGGGUGAAAUUUCAAAGUUGUAAAUGAUUUCCUUUACAGAUGAUUCAUAAGAUGUGUAACCAAUAAAACAAAAACUUAGAACUACACGGAGCCAGAACAUCAUUCAAACAAA